UUUAUAUUACUCGAUGUACUGAAGACAGCGGAAUUGGAUGCUGCUCCUUCUCACGACUGGUUCACAAAAGAGAUGGUUUCUUCUACAUCGCACUCUCUUCCCAACGCCUACUCCUCAGGAGAGCUGCUCUCUUCUUCCACCACUUCAGCCUCCAUUUCGCCAAAAUCUUCAUCGACAUCUUCUCAUAAUUUUGAUGCUCUCCAUCUCUUCAAAAGGGUGGCUACUAAGACGGCUUCAGACCCAAUUUCCUCAUACAGUCUUCGUGUGGCCUAUCGUUUCACCUGUCGGCCCAACUACUUCGGCCAGCAUUGUCAUCUGUUUUGCCGAUCGGAACAGAGCCAGCUCGGCCACUACGACUGCCAUCCGACGACAGGAGCCAAGAUAUGUCUACAGGGAUGGACUGGGGAGGCAUGUCGGGAAGGUGUGUUCGUUUGCUUCACUCCAAUCCGUACUUUUCUCCACGUAUUCACAUCAACUUUCCACCAUUUAACAGCCCCAAAUCAGGGUUUUAAAAGGCGAUAUGAAAACCGAGUGCAGGUUUGUUCACGAUACAUUCGAGUGAAGCCGCAAUAUAAAAUUUUUAGCAAUCUUAUCUCUCCUCAUCGUUCGAUCCCCAUCUCAAAAGGAAAUCGAACAACUGUGUGUUUGUGUACUCACGGACCCACGGUCCGAGUCCCGAUGGAGCGAGCUCGAACAUGGAUUUAA